AUGUCGCAGAACCGGCCGGCUCCCUUUACGAGUUUGAGAAUGGGAGAGGUUAUUCGUGAAAAGGUGCAAGAUGGUGUCACCGGCGAGACUCGGGAUAUGCAGUAUACUCAGUGCAAGAUCGUGGGCAACGGAUCCUUUGGUGUCGUUUUCCAGACGAAGCUCUCUCCUUCCGGCGAGGAUGCUGCGAUCAAGCGUGUUCUCCAAGACAAGCGAUUCAAGAAUCGUGAGCUUCAGAUCAUGCGAAUUGUGCGCCAUCCAAAUAUCGUUGAGCUGAAGGCCUUUUAUUACUCGAACGGUGAACGCAAGGACGAGGUAUACCUUAAUUUGGUACAGGAAUAUGUUCCCGAAACUGUGUAUCGUGCCUCGAGAUACUUCAACAAGAUGAAAACUACCAUGCCUAUUCUAGAGGUCAAACUUUACAUCUAUCAACUCUUCCGCGCACUCGCAUAUAUCCAUUCUCAAGGAAUUUGUCAUCGCGAUAUCAAGCCACAAAAUUUGUUGUUGGAUCCAAGCACUGGGGUUUUGAAGCUAUGUGAUUUCGGUAGCGCCAAGAUUCUUGUUGAGAAUGAGCCAAACGUCUCUUACAUUUGUUCCCGAUAUUACAGAGCGCCAGAGUUGAUCUUUGGUGCCACCAAUUACACCACCAAAAUUGAUGUGUGGUCCACAGGGUGCGUUAUGGCAGAGUUGAUGCUGGGCCAACCACUGUUCCCAGGAGAGUCUGGCAUCGAUCAACUUGUCGAGAUUAUCAAAGUUCUCGGCACUCCGACCCGCGAUCAGAUCCGAACCAUGAAUCCAAACUACAUGGAGCAUAAAUUCCCCCAAAUCAAGCCUCACCCAUUCAGCAAAGUCUUCCGCAAGGCUGACGGUGAUGCAAUUGAUCUGAUCUCCUGCCUUCUUGAAUACACACCAACCGAACGACUUUCAGCGAUCGAUGCGAUGGUUCAUCCAUUCUUUGACGAGCUCAGAAAUCCAUCUACCCGUCUUCCCGAUUCUCGUCAUCCAAACGGACCCAUCAAGGAUUUGCCCAUAUUGUUUGACUUUUCUCGACAUGAACUCUCAAUUGCACCCCCAUUAAACGCACGCCUGGUUCCACAGCACGUCAAGUCGGUUUUGGCGGGACGCGGGCUCGACAUUGAUCAUUUCACCCCUAUGAAUAAGGAGGAGAUGAUGGCACGAUUAGAUUGA